GGCGCCCUGUUCGUAUCGUUAGUUGUCACGAGGGGAGCGGAGGGAGAUUGUGUAGCUACGCUGCGUCAGCUGUAAAUCUUUCUAACAUGAAAUUGGUUUAUAUCGUGGUGUUAUAUUGUUUAUGCAUAUCGUCAAAUGCACAGCCUGUGUCGGAAUCGGUCUCUAAUGUGACAGAGACACUUGUUGGAGGUCUCUCAGAUGCUGAUGUCAAUGAUCCACACAUCAAGGAUGUAGCAACCUUUGCAUUGAGUGAAAUUGAUAGGAGACAGAAUUCGGCUUUCAAGCAAGCGUUAGUUCGGAUUGUCAGUGCAAAAACUCAGGUUGUUGGAGGUACUCUUUAUCACCUCCAGCUAGAAAUUGGUGCUAGCAACUGCCGCAAGGGAAAAGAUGAUGCCAAUUCUGAAUGCACUUUAAAGGCAGGAUCGAAUAUCCAAGUGUGUGAUGUAAAGGUGUGGGAUAAACCAUGGUUGCCUACACGUCAAGUUACAGAAUUAUCUUGUUCUGCAAAAACUUCAAGGAGGAAAAGAGAGGCACUUGUAGGGGGCCUUGUGGAUGCAGAUGUCAAUGAAGAAGGUGUCAAGAAUGCUGUAGAUUUUGCUCUCACUGAAAUUGACAAGACAUCAAAUUCAGCCUACAAGCAAGUACUAGUUCAGAUUCUGAGUGCCCAGAAACAGGUGGUCGCUGGAACCUUGUACCAUCUGCAGUUUGAAGUUGGUGAUAGUAACUGUGAUAAAAGAAGCAGCAAAGCUGAUUCAGAAUGCAGUCUGAAGGACGGAUCGAACCACCAAGUCUGCUCUGUAAAGGUGUGGGACAGGCCAUGGCUAAAUAAGAAAGAGGUUACACACUUACACUGCUCUGCAAAGUCAGCAAGGAGGAGACGACAAACGAUUCCAGGAGGCCUUGCAGAUGCAGAUGUCAAUGAAGAAGGUGUCAAAAAAGCUGCAGACUUUGCCCUCACCAAAAUUGACAAGACAUCAAAUUCAGCAUACAGACAGACACUAGUUCAGAUUCUGAGUGCAAAGAAGCAGGCACCUGACAUAACUCCACCAGGAGAUCUUUUUGAUGCUGACACUGAGAAUGUCGACAUAAAAAGUGCUGCAGCAUUUGCUGUGACUAAAAUCAAUAAUUGGCAAAAUUCAAAUGACAAACUUAUCUUGGUUCAGAUUCUCAGAGCACAGUCUCAGAUUGUUGCUGGGUCAUUAUAUCACUUGAAACUGGAAAUUGGAGAAAGCAACUGUAGUAAUGCAAACAGUGGAGCAACUUCAGAAUGUACUUUGAGGGAGAAUUCGAAUAACCAAGUCUGUGAUGUGAAGGUAUGGGACAGGCCAUGGCUAAACAUGCGUGAGAUUACGGAAAUACGGUGCUCUUCCAAGUCGGACAGAACGAGACGAGCAGUACUACCUGAUGUCCCUCCAGGAAGUCUCCAAGAUGCCGAGAUAAAUGAUAGUGUCAAGAAUGCUGCAGCUUUUGCAGUAAGCGAAAUUGAUAAGCAACAAGAUUCAGAGUCCAAGCUGGUCUUGGUUAAGAUUGUGAGUGCUCAAACACAGGUUGUUGCAGGAAGGUUAUAUAAUUUUGAACUAGAAAUUGGACAGAGCAACUGUACCAAAGGAAACGAUGUUGCCACUGCACAGUGUACGGUACAGGAUAAAUCGAGAAACCAGAUCUGCAGUGUGCAAGUAUAUGAAGUGCUAUGGGAAAAUAGAAUUGAGGCAUCAAACAUAAAGUGUGUUCCAAAGUAAGAAAGCCAGAAGAAGAAAUCAUAGGAACGCUACUGAAGUCACGUCAAGUUUCUUCAUAGCUGCUGAUUUCUGAGAAAACUGGCUGUGAUAACUUCCAGAUUGAACAUAAUGUAUUCAUAUGUCAUCAGAAAAAAAUGAUUAAAUGAGGGCCCAUUGCUAAAGCUGAUGAAAAACAAGGAUUGACAAAUAGCAUGAUGUGGCUAAUCUGAUCUUAAGUCUAAAGUAUAAAAAACUGUGAGGAAGCCUGGAAAAAUUUACAAAAAAUUAUGUUGUAACUAGCUUUUUCAUAUAAUGUUUAAACAGAUUAAUGUAAAAGAUAUGAAGAAAGAAUAAAGGAACAUUUAAAUUAAAA